AUGGCGACUGGUGGUAGAGGACUUAAUUUAAGAGGAAAUUUCCAACGAUACAUCACUAAUGCCACUUUUCAUAGGCAGCAUUAUCCGAUACCUCGUGAACAGACACCUUACGCCUUCGCAAAAAUCGCGGAGUAUAUUGAAAAAGAUCUGUCAAAAGCUGAGCAAUUAUAUCGCCAAGCAAUUGAGAUUGGCGAAAGGCCAGAAAGUGCAGUCAAAGAUCUGGCAGGGAUUUUACAUCAGCAAGGGAAAACCAAAGAGGCAUGUGAACUGCUGCAAGACUAUAAGCAUCUAUUUAUUGCUGAUCAAACUAAAUACGAAAACCUGCUCAGGAACUUGCAAAAACAAAUUUUCCCGUCACAAAACACGUUUAACAAGGCAGUAAAGAUCUCGAACCUUAGCCCAAUGUCUGAUGAGCUAACUGUGAGAGGGCUUUUCUUGAAUCCGACCAGGAUCCUGCAUAUUGAAAUGGGGGUGGAGUCUGAUGGGAGAACUCGAUACGCAAUUUUAAGAUUUGCCAGCCACUCAGGAGCAAGGAAAACUUUGGAAGGAUAUCAAGGGAGCAAGUAUAAGCUAGAGUGGAUGUCAGUCAAUGGAGAAAUUACUGGGGAAGUCAACUUAGAAAACCCACAGCAAGAACAAUUUUCUUUAUUUUCUAAAACAAAAGAAAAGAGGAAUUUAGAUGAGUCUUGGCUUUACACGUAUUUACCUGAAAACAAUGCCUCUCAGGGGUCCAAAGAUCUGAUAGAUGAACUUCUAGAAAAUUCUUUGUUUACAUAUCUCAGAAAGCCUAAUUUCGAAUUGAAAGUCUCUGCAAAACCCUUUGACCCUGAAGCUUAA